CCCACUCAUUCACGCACACCAAAUUUGGAUCAAUUUAUGACCUUACUCUGUUUUCUUUUUUUUCCUUCAUAAAAUGAUGUAUACGUAUAUUAAUAUGUAUGUAAAUAUAAUUAAGUGCGUGUGACUAUAUUAUACACACACUUGACACUUGUAUAUAUAUAUAAGUGGGUGUGUUGAGUAAGUUAGCGAGAAAGUGAAGAAGGGAGAGAGGGAGAAACACCUAGUCCAGAAGAGAUUUAUAUGUUUGAGUGAGAGAGAGAGAUGGAAUGGAGAGAGGUGUAUCUGGACGUAGUUCUGGUGCCAAUGGGGAUGAUGAUAUGCGUGGGAUAUCAUAUAUGGCUGUGGCAUAAAGUCAGAACCCAACCCUUCACCACCGUCAUCGGAACUAAUGCUCACGGCCGUCGAUUUUGGGUCUCUUCCAUUAUCAAGGACAAUGAGAAGAAAAACAUUCUGGCGGUGCAGACCCUCCGGAACACGAUCAUGGGGUCGACGCUGAUGGCGACGACGUCGAUCCUCCUGUGCUCGGCGCUGGCGGCGGUGGUGAGCAGCACGUACAGCAUCAAGAAGCCGCUCAAGGAGUCGGUGUACGGCGGCCACGGGGAGGUGAUGAUGGCGGUCAAGUAUGUGAUGCUCCUCCUCCUCUUCCUCUUCUCCUUCAUCUGCCACUCCCUCUCCAUCCGCUUCUUCAACCAGGUCAACUUCCUCAUCAACUGCACCACCGCCGGCGCCGACGACGCCCUCACCCCCGACUACGUGGCCGACCUCCUCGAGAGAGGCUUCCUGCUCAGCACGGUCGGGAACCGCCUCUUCUACGGCGCCGUGCCGCUGCUCAUGUGGAUUCUCGGCCCGCUGCUCGUCUUCCUCUGCUCCCUCACUAUGCUGCCUUUGCUCUACAAUUUGGAUUUCAUUUUCGUCGCUCACAAAGGGAAUCAUUUUGUGUGACGCAUCAUGUUUCAAUGCAAUUAAACUUUUUUCAAAUAAAAUUGCAAACGUUGUCACUCCUUCCA